AUGGAUCUUUCUUGGUGUAUUAUCUGUGAUAACCGUGUAGAUGAUGUCUUGAAUGACUCUAGUCUCUACUGCUCUGAAUCUUGUCAGCUCAAAGAUCAAAUGACUAGCAUUACAAACCAGCUCACUCUCAAUCAACAAAAGAAGCCUGCGAUGACAAAGCCAUCAUUGCCUGCUGCUACUCUAUUGCGCACCAAGCGUUCCAAUGCUCCUUCCGCCUCCUAUCCCUGGAUUCCCUUGUAUCGCCGUCGCCGUGGUGUAGUUGUCACUAAAAGAUGUCAACCCAUUGUGUCCAGCUCUCUUACAACUGCCAAUGCAUUCUUCGCUGCUCCCAAACCCGCAACUCUCGUCUAA